AUGCACUCCAGUUCCAUCUUUACGCCCUUCACAUCGACGGACUCUCGAGAUGCAUACGGACCAAGAACCAAGACUCCGCCUAAGAACAACAUCAAAUCGCCCGACGAUUCCGACGACAUGGCCGAAGUUACCAGCGGGUUCACGCGGCAUAGCCGGGUUCCCACCUCUUGCGUGCUUGUCCUCCACGAUGUCCUCAUGCGGAGUCCACGUACUCGCUCGGAAUCUCGGCGGUUAGAGUUGCGUGUUGACCAUUGGCAUACUCCGAUCGUGGAUCCGCUAGCGUUGGCCAUUCCGAUGGCUGGUAACUUUGACAUGACGCCGGACCUGAGAGCCAGCAACUACAGCCGGAUCACCCGCCCAGAAGUCCUCCAGCUACAUAUCGUCGUCGCAGCCUUUGUAUGUGGAAUCAACCGCAAGAAAACACUGGCCAAACACCUGACAUAG